UGAUACUCGGAAGUGUCAGAGAAACGAAGUUGCCAGUUUCCCUUUCCUCUCCCUGGACUGAAUAGAAAAAUCCCUAAAAAUACCGAACAAAAACCCUUUCCCCGCCAGUCCACUCUUAUCUCUCUCUUAUCCCUCCGUUACUCACGUUACAGAGAGUCUCCUUGAUCUAUAUUCCAUCGGGAUUCUUCCGAUUCCAUUUCGCCUUCUUUUUACAAUGAUGGAUGGAGUUCAUGGCAGUGCGGCGAGUUCCGCGGCGGCAAAUAUGAAUUCUCCGCCGCCAUUCCUCAGCAAGACCUAUGACAUGGUCGACGAUCCUUCCACAAACUCGGUGGUCUCAUGGACUGAAAAUAACAACAGCUUUGUUGUUUGGGAUGUGCCCGAAUUCGCUAGGGACAUCUUGCCCAAGUAUUUUAAGCACAACAAUUUCUCCAGCUUCGUCAGGCAAUUGAAUACUUACGGUUUUAGAAAAGUCGACCCAGACCGCUGGGAAUUUGCAAAUGAGGGAUUUUUAAGGGGUCAGAAACAACUUUUGAAGAGUAUCAGUAGGAGGAAGCCUACUCAAGUGAAUGGUAAUCAACAGCCAUCUCCAGCACAGAACAAACCUGUUGGGGCAUGUAUUGAGGUUGGAAAGUUUGGGCUUGAGGAAGAGGUUGAACAAUUGAAAAGGGAUAAGAAUGUUCUUAUGCAAGAACUUGUCAGGCUGAGACAACAGCAGCAAGCAACUGAUAACCAGUUGCAAGGUGUUGGGCAACGUGUGCAGGUUAUGGAGCAGCGUCAGCAACAAAUGAUGUCAUUUCUUGCAAAGGCCAUGCAAAACCCUGGAUUCUUGGCACAGUUUGUACAGCAGCAGAGUGACAGUAACAGACAUAUUACUGGAGGCAAUAAAAAGAGGAGGCUCCACAGACAGGAAGAAGAUGCACUAGCCUCUGAGCAUCUCUAUAAUGCUGUUGAUGGACGUGUUAUUAAAUAUCAACCUUCUAUGAAUGAGGCUGCAAAAGCAUUAUUGCGCCAGAUAUUGCAAAUGAAUGCUUCUUCAAGGAGGGAAACAUCAAUAAGUAACCCUGAUGCUUUUCUCAUUGAUGAUGCUCCUUCUGCCAUUGCAUUAGAUAGUGGGAGUUCCUCUAGUCGGGCUUCAGGAGUGACACUUUCUGAGGUUCCGCCCACUUCUUGCCAGUCUUAUAUGGCAGGGCAAUCACAAUUGCCUGUUAAUCGUGUUCCGGAGAUGCAAUCUUCCAGUGCUAUGUUGACUGACCCUGCUAAAGUAGCUGAAUUCCCGGGAUUAAAUUUGCAUAAUUGCCCAGAGAAUUUUUUGGGUAUUGGUGAAGUCCAAACAGAGAGCAGUUUAGUGAAUCCUGACCUCGCUUUUGGGGGGCCUGACACUGGGAAUGCAGGGGAUAUAGACAUGAUGUCAGCAGUUUUGGAUGGGACAGAGUCUGUAGAUGUAGAAGCUGAUGCCUUUUCACCUGAUCCAGAUGGAAUUUCAAAGCUCCCAAGCAUUAGUGAUGUUUUCUGGGAACAGUUUUUCACAGCAAGUCCGCUUACGGGUGAUACAGAUGAAAUUAGUUCUCCCUCUCUUGGAGAUGGUUUGACCGAGGAAGGGGAACCUCCAUCUAGAAAGGAGAAUGGACAGGAAAUGUUGGAUAAGAUAAAACAUAUUGAUCAUCUUACUCAACAGAUGGAACUUCUAGCUUCCAGCACUUCGUAAUUGUAUUUAUCUUUCUUGCCCAAAAAGCUGAGCAGAACAAAGUCAUCUACACCUACAUCUACAUAAAGACACCUGACAGAUAUAACCAAAUUCUGAGAAUACUGUUCUCUUCCCUUCAAUCUGCUUAUCUGCAUUUGUGUUGUGUUUUGUUUGGCAAAAAUCCAACCAAACUUAAAUGAACUAUAGCCCUGGCUUUAUGUAGUUCGAUAGGCUGUGUGCUUGAUCAUUACCCUAACAAGUUAUGUUGCCUCUGCUUCCUAUGGUUGUGAUAUUUUAUUUGGGUGGAUGAUGUUGCGUUUUAAUAUUUAGUUUUCCCACCCUUCCUUUUCCUUUC